CUCCAUAAUCAAAUCUCUCUCUCACUUUCUUUCAAUUCAAUUUCAAUUCUUUAAUAACAAUGAGUGUUCUUACUGAAUACCCAGAUGCCAAAAAAGAUGUGCGAAUAUGGCACAAUGCUGUCUUCGAUAACGAUUCGGAAAGUUUGAAUCCUAAUCAAAAUCAGAUCAAAUCGCCUUCAUGGAUGCCCAUGAAAUCGGUAUCGAAAAACCCAUGUUUGGAUUCUUCAAUUUCUUGUAAAGAAAACCAGAGCCCAAUUGUUGGGUUAUCAAAUUCCAAGAAUGUUGUUCUUAUUAACCCACUUCAUCAAUCAAAACCCUUGAAGAAUCUUGAAAUUGGGAAUGUGAAAAAAGGGGUGGCUCUUGAUGAGGAGAUCGAAAUCGAGAAGGAAAUCGCUAGAUUGUAUGCGAGAUUGGAAGAGAUUCGAAUGAAAAAAACAGAGCAGAAUGUGAAGAAUAAUAGUAAUAAUCUUGAAAAACAGGGGAGUUCUGCUAAGUUUCUUGAUCCAGUCAAGAAUAAUAAAGAUUCUUGUGGUGUGAAAAAAAAGAUUGAAGAUUCAUCAUCUGGGUUUUCGAAAACCAAGAUGGGUCAAAGAAGGGGUUUUAGUUUGGGCCCAAAUGAGAUCAGUAAUUUGAAGUCAAAACAAUUGGGUAAUAAUAAUACUCCAGUUCAAGUGAAGCAGCAGGACAGAAGGAAAUCUUGUUUUUGGAAAUUGGAUGAUAUUGAAGAAGAAGAGAAAUUUGGGUUUUCAAAAGGAAAGAAUUCGGGUUUAAGAAAUGCUGUUACAACGAUUGGAGCGAAAAAGGGAAUGAAAAAAGAUGAUUUGGUUCUUGCAAGUGUUCAACCAAAGAAGCUGUUUGGAGAGCAGUCUGUUAAAAAGCCAUUGAAGCCAGGUCGGGUGAUUCCAAGCCGUUACAAUCAAGCAACGGUUAAUUCAUUGAUGAAGAAGAAAACGUUUACUGAUAACGUUGUUGACAGGAAGUCAAAGACUGAGGGUAGAGUAAAGAGGAAAUGGGAAAUUCCAAGUGAGAUUGUGAUUCCAAAAAGAUUGGAUCUUGAUGAUGAUGAUGAUAAUGAGAAUGAUGAUUAUGUUGGCCCGAUUGAUGCUGAGAUGCCUGUCGUUGUGUUACCAAGGAUUAGAGCGGUUCGAUGUGUGGAUGACCCGGGUAGGGAUUCUGGCCCGGCGAAAAGGGUGGCUCAGUUGGUUGGAAAGAAGUCUUAUUUUCAACAAGUGGAAGAAGAAGAAGAAGAAGAAACAGUUUGUCAAAAGUUGAGUUUUGAAGAAGACUGAGUUUUAUAAAUGUAAACAAAUGUUUUGUUGCUUUUUUGAUUGAAUUGUUAAUUGUGUUGUGAGAGGGAAAGCUUGACUUUUGCUUUCUCUAAAUGAAUAUUGAUUGAUAAUAAGAAUAAUAAAAUGAUGUGAUUCAUAUUGUAUUACAAA